AUGGACGUGGACGUAGAAAUGGAGGUGGACGUGGACGUAGAAAUGGAGGUGGACCUGGACGUGGACCUGGACGACGUGGACGUGGACGUGGACGUGGACGUGGACGUGGACGUGGAGGUGGACGUGGACGUGGACGUGGACGUGGACGUGGACGAGGAGGAGGACGUGGACGUGGACGUGGACGUGGACGUGGACGUAGAAAUGGAGGUGGACGUGGACGUAGACCUGGACGUUGACGUGGACAUGGACCUGGACGUUGACGUGCGCGUGGAUGUGGACGUGGACGUGGAGGACGUGGACGUGGACGUGGACGUGGACGUGAACGUGGACGUGGACGAGGACGAGGACGUGGACGUGGACGUGGACGUGGACGUGGUCGUGGACGUGGUCGUGGACGUGGACGUGGACGUGGACGUGGACCUGGACCUGGACGUGGACGUGGACGUGGACGUGGACGUGGAGGACAUGGACGUGGACGUGGACGUCGAGGACAUGGACGUGGACGUGGACGUGGACGUUGACGUGGACGUGGACGUGGACGUGGACGUGGUCGUGGACGUGGACGUGGACGUGGACGUGGAAAUGGACGUGGACGUGGACAUGGACGUGGUCGUGGACGUGGUCGUGGACGUGGACGUGGACGUGGACGUGGACGUGGACGUGGACGUGGAGGUGGACAUGGACGUGGACAUGGACGUGGACGUGGAGGACGUGGACGUGGAGGUGGACGUGGACGUGGACGUGGACGUGGACGUGAAGGACGUGGACGUGGACGUGGACGUGGAGGACGUGGACGUGGACGUGGACGUGGACGUGGACGUGGACGUGGAGGUGGACGUGGACGUGGACGUGGAGGUGGACGUGGAGGACAUGGACGUGGAGGUGGACGUGGAGGACAUGGACGUGGACGUGGACGUGGACGUGGACGUGGACGUGGAAAUGGACGUGGACGUGGACGUGGACGUGGACGUGGACGUGGACUAG